AUGGCCACUCUCCUGUUCCCCAUGUCAAGCAAGCAGGUGCUGAGCGCUCCCGAGACUGCUUGUUUCCUGCACUGCGGGCGGGACCCCCAUCUCUUUCCUGACCCCCCGGGACGGCGCACGCGCCCUCCCGGCGCGCCGCUGUCACCUUUUUCUUUCGCCAAGGAUGGGCCUCCCACCUCCGGAAUCAGCAGUCGGCAUAUCUGCUGUUUCCAGGCCGCCCAUCCAAACCUCCUGAUGCCAGAAAGCGGAGGCGCCGCCGGAAAUUUCACCUACGGCAGUAGCUAUGACCUGGAUUACAAGCUGUCCAGGGAAGAUGUCCCCUACAGGGUGUAUGAAUACCAAAGAAUCCCUCCACUCAUCAACCACGUGCCUGUCAAGAUCCGGAGGACCCAGGUGGGCAUGGGGGUCAAGAGCAGCUUCAGUCCCCAUAAGGGCCCCAGGAAGAGCCACCUGCCCCAAGAGCACAUAAAGCUCCACAGCGAGGAGCUGUACUCCAUCAGGAGGGAGCUAAACCAGAUCAAAGCCCAGGUGGACCGUCUAUUGGAGAAUCUGGAGCGCAUGGACCAGCAGAGGGACCAGCUUCCAGGUCAAGGACCUCCAACUGGGGACCCAGGCCACACUCUAAGGUCAGAGGCCAGUGAAGAAAACAGGGCCCCGGUGAGCAAGAGUUCCUCAUGCAGAAUCACUGAAGCCAAGCAGGACGCCAGGGGCCAGAGGGCCCAUCCAGAAGCAGACAGCCCUGAGGACAGCACAGACCCAGAGGAAGCAGUGAAGAAUCACAUGUCGGACCAGGAGAGCAGCCAGUAGAAGAGUGGAAUCCCUCCCAGCUCCUUCCCAGGCGGCUCCCUUCCUUACCUCGUGUGGGUUUUGGAAGGCCUCCUGGUGCACCUGUGCAACCAGAAGCACGCAUUCUGGAAUGAGGGCAAUGAAGUGGAGGCGUGGCUCAGCCACACCAGCCGGGAAGUCUCUCCAUAAUGGCUGCUUUUGCUUUGGAGGCCAUGUUUCCAGAUAGUCUGGGGGCUGAGAGGGAGGCCUGCAAAUGCCUAGCACAUGCUCACCAUCCUCAUGAAGGAGGCCCAGUCUUGCAAGGGGCGGCUGAACAGCCCCCCCCCCGCCCCCCACCUUGGAAGCACAUCCGCCCCCUCUGACCGCAGGCACUGCUUUGCCUGCUCUUCUCCCCUCGCCAGGCCCUGCCAGUUGAGUGUGGAGCGUCCCACGGCUGUCGGUCCCGCUUUCCCAGCUCCAGUGGUGCACAGGAAAUACACUCAUGUUCUACAGUCCCCUUCCGGUCUGAAACAGCUUUACGCUCCUUGGUGUGUGUCCCACAUAACCCCCUUUGGUUCCUGACUCCCCACCCACCCUAUAAAGCCCUCAUUCAGAACAGGAGUAAAAAUGUCCUGUUUCUAUCUUCUCUCUCACUGGUAAGAUAUUAUGUAUUUCAAACUUGCUCUAGAAAUGCUUUAAUGUCAAAGGGGAAAAUAAAAUUUGUAUUUCUUUUCCCUGGUCAGGGGUUCUUG